AUGAAUCGCCUCUUGUGUGUCCUGGUUCUUAUUGCAUUGUGUGUAGGAUUCAACAAUGCGAAAAUGAAAAAUUUUGUACAUUUUAAGAAUUCUCUCCUUCAGAAAAAUAUUCUCAAGAUUCAUUGUCAAUCAGACGAAGAUGACCUAGGCAUUCACUUUUUGAGUCCUGGACAAACAUACAAUUUUAGUUUUAAUGACAGUAUAUUUAAAACCAAAAUUGAUUGUGAAUUAUGGCAGGGAAUUGGUUUCAAGUUUUUUGCAAAGUUCAUGGCAUACAAAAGUGGCGGUCUCAUACUUCAUCAUGGUAAGAAAAUUUUUUGGGAUGCUAGAGAAGAUGGGAUUUAUUUCACACAUGGUAAACAAAUUCCCAAGUUAGAGUAUAAGUGGGUAGAUACAUCUCCGUACGUCUGGGACAGUCCUAGACCAUCUUUGUUUUGA